AAUUUGUUAUAAACUUUAUUUAAUAAUUCUUAUAGUGCUACGAUAUAUGUUAAUUAUUCUUAAUUUUUACUUUUAAAUAAAAUAUAUCCUUUUUCGAAGUUAUUAUGUGAUGUUAGUUUUACAUUUAUGAUUAUUGACAAAAUAUUUUUGUUUAACUCGAAAAAUUUAUACGGCGUGAUAAAAGGCGCAUCAAAUUUUGAGGCUAGAACUUGAGGUGAUAUUCAUUGAUGAGUGUACUUAAUCGAGAAAGAAAUAUGCCUACUUGGAAUCAGAUCCAAGCUCAGCUGCGCAAUCCAAAUAAUCCAGUUGUAUUUUUUGAUGUAUCAGUGGGUACGAAUGAAAUUGGUCGUAUGAUAUUUGAGCUUUUCGAAGAUGUAUGUCCAAAGACUUCAGAAAACUUUCGACAAUUUUGUACCGGAGAGUAUAGAAAGGACGGGGUACCAUUAGGAUUCAAAGGCGCUAUAUUUCAUAGAGUGAUCAAAGACUUUAUGAUACAAGGAGGAGAUUUUGUAAAUGGUGAUGGUACAGGAGUAAUCAGCAUCUAUGGUGGAGGAACUUUCCCCGAUGAAAACUUUACCUUGAAACAUGACUCACCUGGAUUACUUUCCAUGGCGAAUAGCGGAAAGGAUACCAAUGGUUGUCAAUUUUUUAUUACAUGUGCUAAGUGUAAUUUUCUAGAUGGGAAGCAUGUAGUUUUUGGAAGAGUAAUUGAUGGUUUAUUGGUCAUGAGAAAAGUAGAAAACGUUCCUACCGGGCCAAAUAACAAACCGAAGAUACCUGUAACAAUAUCGCAAUGCGGUCAAAUGUAAAGUAAGCUUUUUCUAUUAUUUAUAAGGACUGUUAUUCUUUUAUAAUAGAUUUAAUAUUAUCGAUUAAAAAGAAAAAAGAUACGUAAUAGAAAAUACAUUUUAAUACAAUUGAUACAAAUUGUAUUAUUAAUUUAAAUCUGUAUCUUUAUUAUCAUCUUUAAUAUUAAUAAACUAUAUUGCACAUGCU